UACUCUUAUUCUUUUGGCGAUUUUGCGGUUCAAAAAAGCAGCGAGUCGACAGAGAUCGGCGGAUAACAACGAUAUCGAAUCGAGGAGAGAAGUGGCUGAACGGAAACGAAAGAGAGAGAGAGCGGAUGAUCUCGGCCAAAGAAAAACGAGAAUCUCAAGAAAUAUAUAGGAAGGAGGGAAGCACAGCACAGCCGGUGGUUCAGAGGCUGUGUCAAUGUGUCAGAGAGACCGUCUCCGUGCCGGGGUUACCUUUUAUGUCCACGUAAUGUGGGACCUGGUGGAACUCCUAAGAGAAAGAAGUGGGGCCUGGAGCAAGUCCCUUUCUUCUGUCUUUGUUCAACCACUUUGGCCAUGUUAUUCUUUCCUUCUCGCGCUCUAUUCUCCUGGGAACUUGGCACCACGAGAUUUCGCCUUCAUCCACCACCAUCUUCCAAUCGAUAUUAUCAAUGCGCAUGAAGAAACUAGAUCGGAACGGCAAUGGAAUAUCAAGGAGUUCUUGAGGAGCAAUCGAGGGAUGCCAGCGGUGCAAGAACACUUGAAUGGAGCCACGGGUAGAACCAGUAUUGCGAGAUGCGGUCUCCCGUGCUGUCGUUCAGGAUCCCGCAGAAGGGGCAACCGUUUCGAGGAAGCGGUCGUCGAUUGGAAAUCGUACAUGCUGCCCGUUGAAUGGACUAUAUCUCUUUCUCUCCUGCACUGUGAACGCUCGCUUCGCUGCCCUUUCUCUUUCCUAUCCUUCCCGCUCUUCCAGCUCUGGGUAGACGCACGUCUCGGCGUCCCAGCGCGCGAUUCAUGCUGCACGUACUGUUCCUUUUCUUUCCUUGAGUUUCGCGUCUCCAGUUUUUUCCUACGAGGCGUGGAUACGAGGAAUCGAGCCGUCUCUCCUCGACCCGUUCCACGAUUUUCGUUCGUCGAUCAUUAAUCGAUCAACUCUUU